GUCCGCCCUGGCUGUUGUGUUUGGAAGGGGAGAGGGGCGGAGGGUGGAGAACGCGAAUAAAGAGCGGGCACGAGGCGGUGGAGGCGGCAGGAAGUAGUGAGGUCCGCGCGCGUCCCUGGUUGUCUGCUCCUGUGCGUCAGACUUCAGAUCAGAAGUGCAGCCAUGAAAGAUCCAAGUCGCAGCAGUACCAGCCCAAGCAUCAUCAAUGAAGAUGUGAUUAUUAAUGGUCACUCUCAUGAAGAUGACAAUCCGUUUGCUGAGUACAUGUGGAUGGAAAAUGAAGAGGAGUUUAACAGGCAGAUUGAAGAGGAGUUGUGGGAAGAAGAAUUUAUUGAACGCUGUUUUCAAGAAAUGCUGGAAGAGGAGGAAGAACACGAGUGGUUUAUUCCAGCUCGAGAUCUCCCACAAACAAUGGAUCAAAUCCAGGACCAAUUUAAUGACCUUGUUAUCAGUGAGAGCUCAUCACUGGAAGAUCUGGUGGUCAAGAGUAAUCUGAAUCCAAAUGCGAAGGAGUUUGUUCCUGGGGUGAAGUACUGAGUAUUUGAGUAGACUGGGCCCUCUCUUGGUGGAUGUAGCACAAUUUCCACACUGUGAAGCCAGUAUUAGAAGAUUUAAUUGUAAAAGCUCUCUCUUCUUGUCACUGUGUUACACUUAUGCAUUGCCAAAGUUUUGUUAGUCUUGCAUGCUUAAUAAAAGUGCUGAGACUGUUAUUAAGUAAAAAGCUGUCAAAAGUUUAAUGAAAAUAUAAUUGGACCCUGGCUUUCUGUGAAGGAAACAGUGAGGUAAGAAGCACCAGUCAAGUUGAGACAAAGUACCAAAUUUAUGAAAAUCUCUUGCAGACUCUGACUUUUUAAUAGGUUUUAGGAUUGGCUGAGGAUGGUCUGUUUUUUUUUUUAAAUGAGAACAUGUAAACUGGUGCUAACUUGCACUGGAUAAUGCCUUAACUUUAAAAAGAAAAGCAAGGUUAUCUGAUUAUUAUGCAAAUUAGCUAACUUUCCUUUAAAACUUCAGUAUUGUUACUAAUGAUUUUCCCUUAUCAAAAACUUUACUUCAUGCUCUUUUUGAGAAGCAUGAACUAUAACAGUACUAUUUUACAGACCUGUACAGAGUCCUAGAUCUGAGUUACUGAACUAAAAUCCAAUUGAUUGGAAGAAAUGUCCUGUAUUUACAAUGUCAUCAUGUUUUAGAAAUGUUUUUCACUUAAUUACAUUAAAGGAGAUGUGAGUUUCAUCACAAUUUCUUCCGAGAACCCACAUACAUAGAACUGUAUAACUUCUAGUAUACAACUUUUAAUAUAGUUGGAUUUAACCAAGAAAAACCCUAGCAUUAGUGAUUUGAGUGGUGCUUUUCCCUUGCUUUGUUUAUUCAUCACUACACAAUAGUCUACAGCACAACAACUUUUUUCUUUUAAUAAAGCUAGAACAGUUUUGGCUUCUUAAACUUCAUAUUUGGGUAGGUUAAGCUGCCAUACGUGUUCAGUGUGAAUAGUGUUUAAGUUGAAAAUAUUGUAAAAAAAUUAUAUUUUUUCAAAAAUAUUUAAAAAAAUAAAUAAUAGUAGAACUGA